UUGCAUUGGCUUUCAGAGCGUAAUACAUGACUUGUCUUGUUACUUGAGUAGCUAAUUGAUUUCUUUCUGUUUCAGACUGCAGAUCCGGUACGUGAUGCCGUCGGCACGGCUGACACUCCGAGAGGAGGAUGUCGUCCGACUGGCACUCGAAUUUCUACACAAUAGGGAACUUCAUAUAUCUCAGGUAGGCCUGGAACGUGAAACAGGCGUAAUAAACGGCGACUUCUCGGAUGAUGUCCUGUUUCUGCGGCAACUGAUCCUCGACGGCCAGUGGGAUGACGCGCUGGAGUUCGUACAACCAUUGGAAGCACUUACAGCAUUCGAUGCCAGGAAAUUCACAUACUCGAUACUGAAACACAAAUACAUCGAAUUGCUGUGUGUCAAAUCGGAAGCUAAUAUCCAAGGUAGUAGCGUGGACAAUGCAGUUGAAGAAGUAGUGAAGGUGCUGAAUGAGCUAGAAAAAUACUCACCAAGUAAAGAGGAUUACUCAACGAUGUGUCUGUUGUUGACGCUGCCUAGACUCACUGAUCAUUUACAAUACAAAGACUGGAACCCGAGUAGCGCAAGAGUUCAAUGCUUUCGAGAGGUGUAUCCUUUAGUAGCAGAAUUCUUACCAGGUGACAAGAAACCGCCACACGAGGGCAAUACGUGUGCAAAAAACGAUAGACUGAUACAACUCAUUAUCAAAGGGAUAUUAUAUGAAUCUUGCGUGAACUAUUGUCAAGCAAAAGCUACUGGAGCGGAAGCACAUUCUCAGGAAAUGAGCUUCAGCCGACUACUCGAUGGAACUGUAGGCUUUAGUGACUCGGACCUCAGUCUACUGUCAUGGUUACAAAGCGUUCCUCCGGAAACGUUCUCAGUACCGUUCGAGCAACGUACCCUCAACGUCGAUGUCGAGCGGCUAGAGCGGCCUUCGUUGGAGACUUCCUGGACUGAACACAUGCUGGUCACUCCAAUCAAGCCAAAGACUUUUCCUCAUUCAGCAAUGCCGUUUACAAGACCUAGGUCGGCGGCUGAUAUAAUGACUAGAUCACUAAUGCCAGUUUUAGAUAGGGUAGGAAAUGAUGGUGUGUGUAAUGGAUCUGCGCGAGCAAUGGCUAUGAGCACAGGUGAUAUUGGUGCAAAUGGACCUAUGUCUAGGAGUAGCUUUGCCAGUUUUCACCUAACAGGUAUAAAAACGACGAAGCUGAUGAACACCUCCGUUGACCGGCUGUUCGAGAACGAAGGCGAAGUGUUCCUAAGCAACAGUUACGUGGACUUCCAGCAGCUGCCUUCAAUUCAAGAGCAGACUAGCACGCCCAAAGUAAACACACCGUCUGGUAUGCAAGGAGGGGCGGCGAAUGCAGUGGGGCAGCAACUGCCGCCCAGAAGCCCGGAGAGGAAGGUUUCGAAUGCAUCUACGCCAGAACACAGGGGCAGAGAAAGCCCAGCUUCGCUAGGAACCGCUAGAUCAUCACGUCGCGAUUCCCUGAACGAGCGUCCGAUUAGUACCGCGGCCGCGAGCGCACACAGUGUAGGGUUAACCGCACCGCCUCCAACCGCGGGCGGAGGUGCGGAACCAACCCUCGCGACGGAACCCCUGGAACAGAGCUUUUCCGGUGAGCUGGUCAAAGAGUUCCAGAAGCAGAAACUGAAACUGCAAGAGACGCUGGCUAUCAGGGAACGAGAACGAGAGGAGAUGAUCAGGCAGCUCAACAGCGACAAAUACGCAGAAGACUGGUAA